CUUCAAAGCCUCAGAGGACGGGUGAGUGUAAUCUCGCGAGAUCUUAGAUAUUAUAUCCCGCGGGAUCGCACGCAACCGGUCCUUUUGACACAUCGAUCUUACGGGCGAGGAAGAGUUGGUCGCUCUCCUGAAUCCGACGCCAUCCUCCUCGGAGCUUAGCUUGGCAUCCAAUUCGCAGUCAUGCCGCCCAAGUUCGACCCCAACGAGAUCAAAGUCGGUAAGUCUUUCGGCUCGAAGCGUUUUGGAGGACCGCUUAUUUGGGGUUGGGGCCCGAUCAACUCGCCUGGGCUGGCCUAUGGAGUGGUAACGUCUACAUCUCGGUGGGGGUGGGGGGCCGAUUGGCACGUGUAGCCUUUAUUUGCUAUGCUUCUCCACAGAACCUUCCAUGCCCCUUUUCAAGUUAGUGGCAUAUUUUUAAAAUUACCUAGUGUUCUUUCAUCUCAUUCAAAUGCCACCGGUACUUUAAAUAGAUAGAUAGAUAGAUAUAACACAUACAAAAUACAUUAUAAAUGAUAAGUGUAUUGUAUUCUCGGUUUUUAGGUUUUCCUCCCCGUUGUAUUUUUGUUUUAUUUUAUCUAUUCUUGUAUGCAUUUGUAUUGGUACCUGUACAUGACAGCGGACAAGCUCUGCGUUUAUUUUCUGUACUAUGUUUAUAGUUUCCGAUAUUUGAAAAUUAGAUACCUUGCACCACAUCCAAGAGUAUUAAAGUACUCAGACUGGCAAACCGCACUGUGACCUGAUUAUUAUAACUCUGGAACACCAACAACUGAAUAUUCUCACUUUCUGUGUUAAGUGCAUUAACAACACUUACAUAAAAAUCAAAGAGUGCUAAAUCGUUCGGGAGUGGUAGGAUUCAUAGUCUUGAUUGAAACUCUCUAUUCAGCUCUUUUGAUAUAUUAAGAACAUAAUACUAGCCCUAUCUAGUCCAGCCAACAGGAUUUGCUUCAUUUUUAACCUUUCUUCAAAGGCCCUGAAGCAGCAUAUUGAUAUGGUUCUUUUUACGUGCAUGCAUUAUUUUUAUCUUCAGAACAACCCUGUGUAAAUAGGCUGUGCUGGAAGACAAGUGAAUGUCAGACUAAAAGUCACCCAGCUUUGUGGCUUAGCUGAAAUUUGAACAUGGUUCUUAGAAUCAUAGGAUUAUAGAGUUGGAAGGACACCAAGGGUCAUCUAGUCCAACCCUCUGCAGUGCAGGAAUCGCAGCUAAAGGGAAGUGAGACCUUGCUUUAGGUGAUGCUCUUACCAUGUUCCAGCAGUUUAUCCCCUGUAUGAAUUUUUGUAUUGGUGUUUUGCCAUGAUACCACAGUGGCUUAUAAUUAUAUUUAAAGUGCUGGUUUUCUCUCCCCCCCCCCUCCUUACAGUUUUCUUAAGAUGCACUGGGGGCGAAGUUGGUGCCACUUCAGCUCUGGCUCCAAAAAUUGGGCCCCUGGGUUUGGUAAGUCAUUUUUUAUUCAACCACAGAAAUGCUAAUGGGUAGAGUGGGAAUAGAGAGCCACAUGUUCAGGGGCCAGUUGCAGCUAUCCAGACCUCUGUUCAGAACCCAAAGCCUUGUGAUGAAAACUUUGUCCAGUUCUGCUGCUGAAUGCAAGUGGUGACAAUUCAAAUUCUGAAGGCAAAGUAGCACUAUCGGUCCAUUUCCUGUGGAAGGCUCUUCCCAUAGAGAUUCAGCAGGGUACCUUUUUUAAAGUUUAAACGUGUGCAGAAAACUUUUCGGUGCCAGUUGGCUUAGGCAGGCAACUAAGCCAGCUGCACAUUUUCUGCAAUGCUUCUGCUGUAAAUUUUUUGGAUUGUUUAAAUGAAAUUGUGGUACACUGGUAAGUUAAAUUCUCCUUCCCCAGCAGUUUCUUAAUUUCUGUUUUUAUGCAACUUGAUUUGGGGAGUGGAAAUACUUGAAGUAUAACUAUACAUACCUGCAGGCUUUUAAAUUACCUAUUUGCUGGUUUUGGACACCCCUUUAGGACACAGUAGGCAAGGAAGCUCUUCAGAAUUUGUUUCCCCUGCAGUUUCUCAAUGCAAUGUAUCACCACCUGCCUAUGCAGAUGAGGCUCAGGCAAUAUCUUGUGGACUAGAUAGAUAUUUUGUUUAUAUUAUACACCGCCCUAUGAUCGUUGAGUUAGCAUAGAAAUUUAAUUUGUUAAUAAAUAAUAACAAAUAGAAACCUUAAGGUUGUUUGCAAGGCAAGCAUUGUAUGUCUGGAGUGCAGGUUUCCCACAUGUCUUGUUUGGGUGCUGCUGCAAGGCUUGAGACUUAAGGAGGCAGAAUGUAGUUAGUGAAGCACCUAAAUCUGUGGUCAGUUGCUGCAUUAGAGGGGAGGUUUGGGGGGGACAGGACUUAAGUAUCCCAUUAGUUAUACCUGCUGUUGUUGUUUCUUCUUUUAGUCUCCCAAAAAGGUGGGUGAUGACAUUGCCAAGGCUACCGGCGACUGGAAGGGCCUGAGGAUCACAGUUAAGCUGACCAUCCAGAACAGGCAAGCUCAGGUACAGACAACGCCACAAAGGACGGGUCUGCGGCCAAAAGCACUGGCAUUUGAAAAUGCCCAGCUGUGCUAGUGCCACAGAGCCAUGAUCCUGGCAAGGUUGACUCAGCCUUUCAUCCUUCCGAGGUCGAUAAAAUGAGUGCCAUGCAGCUUGCUGUGUGGGAGGUCUUUGGAUCCAGACCUUAAAAACACGGUCCUGGUCAUUAGGCGGUUGCAACGUAUCCAGGUGUUGAACUACAGUUCCCAUCAUUCCUAGCUAGCAGGACCAGUGAUCAGGAUAUAUGGCAGUUGUAGUUCAGGGAUGUCAGACACUAUUCUAUGUUAAAGUAUAUUGAUUGUUUUCUUGUGCUAUGUGGAAUUGGGUGAUUGCAAGCUCUGGAAAACAGCUUGUCAAGAUGAUUUAGACUAUUAUUAUUUUCCUCAACUGAGCUCUUUUUUUACAUUUAAUCUGAAAUCAAGCUAGAUUUAAGCUUGUUGGUGUCUCUGGUAUCUUCUCAUCAUGGAUGUUGGCUUACUUUACAGAUCUAUGGUCAAUAUUAUUUUAUUAAUGCUAUUGCUAUAAGUUUGUUACGGCCUUUGGCUAGAGAAACUUUUGAACUUGACUUUUAGUCCCCAAAUAACAUUUUCCCCUUGGCUCCUAGCAAUAUUUGGCAUUUAUGCAUGCUGCCUUUUUUUUAGCAUUGGCAUCAUUUUUUGUAACAGCCUUGUGAGGUAGGCCAGUCAUUUUCGUCCCUUGCUAUACAGAUGUGUACCUUGAGUCACCUCCGAAACGUGAUAAACCCUGGAUUAGAGCUAAGAUCCUGGGGGGCCCUGGGCUUUCCUGACAGCCACCCGCCACCAUGCCUUUCGUGCAACAGUGACUGGCAUGUUCCAGUGGUGAGCUAAUAACAAACCCCAGCUUAGGAAGCAGAACUCUUCUAUCUGACCCAUGAAGAGUCCUGUGCCGAAAAACUGGGGACACAAACCUUACAGAAGAGGGUGGUUUUGUUUCAUGAUAAGUUAAAUUCAUAUUAAAAAGUUUUAGGAGUGUAUAUGUGAAAUAAUGCUUUGUCAUCCAGCGUUCUACUAGCACAAAGCCUUCUGCCUUUGCAACAGAAUGUCUGCUUCUCAUGGGCCCCUGAACAGAUUGAAUAGGUGCUCAGAAGGCAGAAAGGAGGAGGGUGUUCUGUUGCACAAGCAGAAGUCCCUAUGUGAAUGAGAAAACUUUGUUAGAUACAGCCCUGGGAGUUGGGAGGAGCUGUGGUGGAGGGUGGGAUUUUUCUUUCCAUGCCAGGUUUUCUGUAGUCAGUGUAUUGCUCCUCCUUCCCAUCCCUGCCUCACACAAGUCUCAAAUCUGGACUGUUUUACUCUCUAGAUCGAGGUGGUCCCAUCAGCCUCUGCCUUGAUCAUCAAAGCUCUGAAGGAGCCUCCCCGUGAUCGCAAAAAGCAGAAAAACAGUGAGUGUCCGGUGGUGGUGGUGUGCUUAGGUGGUGAAUUGCAGCUGGGCAGUUAUGAAAAUGGAAGUAGAACCAUGGUUUGUUUUGCAGAGAUUUAGGAUAGAGUGAUUAAAAACUUAAUUCCCAACUAGCUCUAAGAACCAGGAGGUCCUUUCGAGGAACUGUACUAAUGUUCUCAAUCAUGCUCAUUAAAAAUCUAGUUUGUAUGAGGGUAGAUGGGAAAUUUGGAAAGCUACAGCACCAAAACAGCUGAAAUAUUAUAUGGAUCAGUGUGAUGCUGUAGUUCUGUCUGCAACAGCCACCCGCCACUGUGCCUGCCUGAUUUCAUCUGUGGCUUGUACAUUCCAGUGGUGAGCUAAGAGGAAAUCCCCAUUCAAGGAAACAGGGUUAUUUCUCUUCAUGGGUAACUCUGUGCCGAAGAAUGGGAACAGAGCAAGAACAACACUGCCACAGUCCCUUUUUAUUUUUUAAGAGGGCUGGCUGAUGAGGCUCGUCUGCUCCCAAAGCCUGACUAAUGUGAGUUCUCUCUUUGUUUACAGUUAAGCACAGCGGCAAUGUCAGCUUUGAGGAGAUCGUGAACAUCGCCCGGCAGAUGCGGCACCGAUCCUUGGCCCGGGAACUCUCAGGUAAAAGCAGGGAAGGUGAGGGUGGAGGGUCUGGAUGUAUGACAAGCUCAUGAGUUCCAUGUAACAAAUGCUGAAACAAAUGAAGCUGCCUUUUUUUUAAUUUGGCUCCCAGGCCCCCUUGUACCUCACUAUUAAAGCCCCCCAAGUUUUGCUUGAUUUCUUUGAAUGUCCUGUGAGACUCAAGUUAUUGCCAUCAUCCCCAGCCAGCAUGGCCCUUCAUCAGGGAUUCUGGGAGUUGUAGUCCCAACAGCAAUGUCUACCUAUAUUCGCUACCCAUACCUUCCGUAAAGUUGGAGCUGGAGUGACUCAAUUCAGGGAGUCUAAUCUGGAUGAAGCUAUGUUUUGUUGACCAUUUGGCAGUAAGGUCAUGAGCGCAGCAGCCAUCAUGACAUAAUGUACUUUCCUGCCCCAUCUACAGGAACCAUUAAGGAGAUCUUGGGAACAGCCCAGUCUGUUGGCUGCAAUAUCGAUGGGCGACACCCUCAUGAUGUAAUCGAUGACAUCAAUAGUGGUGCAGUUGAAUGUCCUCCAGUAAGUGCCUGCCUUCCCAUGAAACAGGCUGCAUAUGUUUUUUUUUCUCCUUACCUUGGUACCAAAUUGAAUUAUCUGUUUCUAAUUCCAAACUUAUUUCCUUCCCUACAGAGCUAAGGCUGCUACCUGAAUGGACAUGAUGCAACUUAAGCAAGUUCUGUAUGGUGUAUGGUGAAUAUUGGUAAUAAAUGCAGUUUCACACUUGUGGUGAUAAUGGCUCUCAUUCUGAUGUGUACUUCUAUCAAGAGUAUUUCUCGUGUUAGAGGUUCUGCUGCUGUUCUUGCUGGGUUUCUUCCCAGUUACCUAGAGUGUGAGCAGGCUUGUGUUUAUACUCUGCACUUUAAAAAUAAAAAUGUACACCAGAUGUGUAAGCCUGUAAAAAA